AUGCCCGUAGCAGCCGUCGGCCUGUUGGUCGUGCUCUCGGUCGAGAGCUUCAAAGCUUCGUCGCGCUUCUACUACAAGCGCAAGUCCAAAAAGCACGGCUACACAUCGCUGCGCACCGACUCGUUAGGCCGACCCAUCUCCGAGGACGGCAAACGGCUGUCCAAGAACGAAGCUAGAGCGCUGGCGGCGCACAACAAGGAAAUCCAACGCAUCCGCACCGCAGAACGUGAAUGGCGUGCCGAGGGGGAGCGUCUCCCCGCUUAUGCAGAGACGGACAACGACGCCAUCAUCCAGUCGUUGCGUCGGCCUAGUACCGCGCCGGCUUCAGGAAGGAGCUCGACGUCUGGGUUUAGACAUGUGGGCGAAGUGUCCCAAACAUCACUAGCAGCGGUGACGCCUGAAGCUGUCGUAGCGGCAUCAACACAGACUCCGGUCAGGCCAAGAGCGGUCAGCACCACUUCCGCCCCGCUGCUCAGCUCGACGCGCGCCGAGAGAGAGGCGAGAAAUGGCGACUUGGCUGUGUCUACUUUCCAGGCACUUGAUAGCGGCGCUUUUACCGUUCGCAGGCGUACGCAAACGCUCGUGUUGCCGUCAAUACCGAGCACCAACGAGUCGCCCGAGAUCGAAGAUAUCUUCCAGCACGAUGGCAUGGAUUGGCGAAGGGCCACUUGGGAGGCUCCCCCGCUGUACGAUCGUCUCCAGGCUGUCCCUGCGUAA